GUCUGGCCCAGCAGCAGUUAAAAGAGAUGAAGAAGAGAGGUUUAAAGGAAGCCACCCAGCUCUAUCAUGUCUCACAGAGCCCUGUCCACGACACUCUUCUGGAGGACUCGCCCACCUCCACUCCUACCCAGCCAGGGUUCACCCUCCCUGGGCUCAGCCCCAACCCCAGCCCCCUGGACCUCCAGGAAGAAGAUUCUAAUCUGAGCCGCUUUCGUAUCACCGCCCCUUUCCCUGAGCACAGGGUCCCACAGCGCAGCUCGGUAACUCUGCCAGACAGACUGAGCCCCAGGGUGGAGCUCGUCCUGGGGCCUCCCGUGGCCGGAUACAUGAGAGAAGGUAGGGGAGGAGGAGGUGGGAGCUCCCAACGACGAGACGGCACGGCAGACUGGGUGGAGAUGGUGGAGAGGACUGGGUUAGGAGGGAUGGCAGGAGGAGGCGGGAGCUCCCAACGACGAGACCGCACGGCAGACUGGGUGGAGAUGGUGGAGAGGACUGGGUUAGGAGGGAUGGGUGGAGGAGGCAUUCCCUCCAACUCGUACCAGAAAAACCCAAACUGCAGACGGACAUCCAGCUUUCACGACACCAAGCCCCCACCUCCCCCAGCAGCCCCAUGUCGCCCCCACAGGGAGAGGAGUCAGACCCAGGUGGGUCCCCGCACCAGGACCCUCCCCGAGGGCAGCUGUAGGACCCGAGGAACCUUGGAGACCCAGACCCAGAACCCAGCCUUCCCCCCCUAUCCCAUCCCAGAGCAGAGCACCCCUGACUGGGCCAGGCCCAAUCCGCGAACCCUUUGGCCUGGGGACGACAGGAGAAGACCCUGGGUGGAGACUGGAUGUCCUCCGUUUUCCAGUAACAAACCCAAACACGCUGAAAACAACAACACCUACUUGAUCUCUGACCCUAAACACACAGAGACCAACACUACAACGGCGGCCAUGUUAGGAUCUGAGCUGCUCAGCAACCCUGAACUCACCCUGGAGAGGGAGAGGCGGAGGAUUGGUGAUCGAAGAGAAGGUGGUGAAGAUAGAGGAGAGAGAGGUGGGACUUCAGGUAUAGGUGGACCAGGAUUAGGACCAGGGGUGGGGUCUCGUGGCUGCCCUGCUUACCUCACCCCGGACCGGGCAGAGCGGGCAGAACACAACUGGAACCGCCGAGGCCCUUCCCCGAUUCAGAGAAAUAUCCUGGCCAGGAAGCUGAGAGAAGCUCAGUCUUGCAACACCGCCUCCGACCAGCAGGGGCGCCAUAACCAACAGCAGCAGAGGCAGCGCAGCUCCACAUUUAGCGUGUCUGCCAGUGAACAAAGGAAGGGGAGGUGCAGGUCUCUUCCUCUGUCUGGAGAGUCCCCCUAUGGACUGACUGAGGCAGAGCAAUGCAUGCUGGAUCUAGAUAUGACCUCGCUAUACCUGGGAGAGGAUGAGUUCUGACCUGUACACACCUAGAGGGGAGGAGAGGGUUAACGGACACUGAAG